GGGCGGGCGGCCGGGGGGCGUCCCCCUUCCCCCACCCCCCCCGGAGAUGGUGGCGCUGCUGGUCCUGGCCUGGCUGGGUCUGGAGGGCGUCGUGUGCCAGCUGCACUACGCGGUGAAGGAGGAGGAGGAGGACGGCACGGUGGUGGGCAACAUCGCCGAGGACCUGGGCCUGGACCUGACGCAGCUGUCGGCCCGCCGCUUCCAGGCGGUGUCCGGCUCGCGGACGCCUCACCUGGACGUGGACCUGGAGACGGGCGUCCUGUACGUCCGGGCCAAGAUGGACCGCGAGGAGCUGUGCAAGCAGAGCCCGGCCUGCGUGCUGCCCCUGGAGGUGUUCCUGGAGGACCCGCUGGAGCUGUUCCGCGUGGAGAUCGAGGUGCUGGACAUCAACGACAACGCCCCGGCCUUCCCGGAGCCCGAGCUGACGGUGGAGAUCUCGGAGAGCGCCACGCCGGGCACCCGCUUCCCGCUGGAGAGCGCCUUCGACCCGGACGUGGGCCCCAACGCCCUGCGCGACUACCGGCUGACGCCCAACGACUACUUCUCGCUGGACGUGCAGACCCAGCCCGACGGCGGCCGCUUCGCCGAGCUGGUGCUGGACCGGGCGCUGGACCGCGAGCGCCAGGCGGUCCACCGCUACGUGCUGACCGCCCUGGACGGCGGGCCGGAGCCCGACGCGGGGGGCCCCGACGGGGCGGGCCCCGCCGAGGGUCCCUCGGCCCCCUCGGCCCCCUCGGCCCCCUCGGCCCCCUCGGCCCGGCCCCGGGACCGGCCCCGCCAGACGGGCACGGCCCUGCUGACCGUGCUGGUGCUGGACUCCAACGACAACGCGCCCAGCUUCGCGCGGCCGGCCUACACGGUGUCCCUGCCCGAGGACGCCCCGCCGGGCACCCUGGUCCUGCAGCUCAACGCCACCGACCCCGACGAGGGCCCCAACGGCGAGGUGGAGUACUCGUUCAGCAGCCACGUGUCGGCCCGGGCCCGGCGGCUCUUCGCCCUGCAGCCGCGGACCGGCCGCCUGGAGCUCAGCGGCCCGCUGGACUUCGAGGAGAGCCCGGCCGAGCAGCUGGUGGUGCAGGCCCGGGACCGGGGGCCCAACGCCGUGCCGGCGCACUGCAAGGUGCUGGUGCGGGUGCUGGACGCCAACGACCACGCUCCCGAGCUGACGUUCAGCACGGUGGCCGAGGCGGUCAGCGAGGCGGCGGCGCCGGGCACGGUGGUGGCCCUGUUCAGCGCGGCCGACCGCGACGCGGGCGACAACGGCCGGGUGCGCUGCGAGCUGCUGGGCGGCGCGCCCUUCCGCCUGCAGCCGGGCUUCCGAGGCGACUACUACGCCGUGGUCACGGCCGGCCCGCUGGACCGCGAGGCCGGCGCGGCCUACACCCUGACCGUCGUGGCCCGCGACGGCGGAGACCCGCCCCGCUCCAGCCGCCGGUCCUUUCGCCUGCGGGUGUCGGACGAGAACGACAACGCCCCGCGCUUCAGCCAGCCGGCCUACGACGUCUUCGUGGCCGAGAACAACGUGCCCGGGGCCUACAUCUCGGCCGUGACGGCCACCGACCUGGACGAGGGCCCCAACGGCCGGCUGGCCUACGCCGUGCUGGACAGCCAGAUCGAGGGCAUGAGCGUGGCCACCUACGUGUCGGUCAACGCGGAGAACGGCUUCCUCUACGCCCUGCGCUCCUUCGACUACGAGCAGCUGCGCCGCUUCAGCUUCCAGGUGGAGGCCCGGGACGCCGGCCGGCCCCGCCCGCUGGCCGCCAACGCCACCGUCCGGGUGGUCGUCGUCGACCAGAACGACAACGCGCCGGCCCUGCUGGCCCCCGCCCCCGACCCGGCCGGCGGCCCCGCCCGCCGGGACCUGCCGCGCCGGGCCCCGCCGGGCUACCUGGUGGCCCGCCUGGCCGCGGCCGACGCCGACGACGGCGACAACGGCCGGCUGACCUUCGGGCUGGCCCGGGGCAACGAGCUGGGCCUCUUCCGCCUGGACUGGCGCAGCGGCGAGCUGAGGACGGCCCGCCCGCUGCCCGCCGCGCCCGACGCCCGCCGCCCCUUCGAGCUGCUGCUCGAGGUGCGCGACCACGGCCAGCCGCCGCUCUCGGCCACCGCCACGCUGCUCGUCCGCCUGGUGGACGGCCGGGCCCGGCGACGCCCACCCGGCCCGGGACCGGCCGCCGCCCCCGCCCGCCCGAGGGGCCGGGCCCCGGCCCGGGACGGCGGGGCCGAGCCCGCCCUCGACCUCACCCUCAUCCUCAUCGUGGCCCUGGGCUCGCUCACCUUCGUCUUCCUGCUGGCCAUGAUCGUCCUGGCCGUGCGCUGCCGCAAGGACCGCAAGCUGGACCUGUACACCUGCCUGGCCCGCGGUGACCCCGGUGACCCCGGGGCCUGCUCCUGCCGCGGCUGCUGCUCCUGCUGCUGCUGCUCCGGCUCCGGGGGUCCGUCCUGCUGCAGCCGCCAGGCCCGCGCCCGCAAGAAGAAGCUGAGCAAGGCGGACAUCAUGCUGGUGCCCAGGGCGCCAACAAGGCCGGCCCGCCCGGGCCCCCCCGACGAGCGGGCCGGGGGCUUCGGCCCCCACCACCCCCCGCACAACUACUGCUACCAGGUGUGCCUCACGCCCGAGUCCGCCAAGACCGACCUGAUGUUCCUCAAGCCCCGCAGCCCCGCCUGCAGCCCCGCCCGCGGCCCCGGCCCGGGCCCCGACGGCGACCCCGGAGCCGCCCCCGGCCCCGGGCCCCGCGGGGCCCCGGUCGCCGGCUUCCCCGACCAGCAGCCCGACAUCAUCUCCAACGGCAGCGUCCUGUCCACCGAGGCCAAGCACCAGCGAACGGAGCUCAGCUAUCUGGUCGACAGGCCGCGGAGAGGAAACAGCUCCGCGUUCCAGGAAGCCGACCUGGUGAGCUCCAAAGACAGCGGCCACGGGGACAGCGAGCAGGGGGACAGCGACCACGAUGCCGCCAACCGAGGUCAGUUAGCGGGCACGGACCUGUUCUCCAACUGCACGGAGGAGUGCAAGGCCCUGGGCCACUCGGACCGCUGCUGGAUGCCCUCCUUCGUCCCGCCCGACGGCCGCCAGCCCGCCGACUACCGCAGCAACCUGCACGUGCCCGGCAUGGACGCCGUGCCCGGCCUGGAGGCCGGGCCCGAUGCCCACCUCCUGCUGGAGCCGCCCGAGGCCCAGCCCGGCCCUGCCGAGCGCUCCUUCUCCACCUUUGGCAAGGACAAGGCCCUGCCCGGAACCCUGGACAGGAAGGAGCUGGACGGCCUGCUGACCAACACCCGAGCGCCUUACAAACCGCCCUACUUGAUCGGGCUCGAAGACCCGAUGGAGCGGAGAUGGGCGGUCGGGUCCAGCUGGCCCGGGACCGGGGGCUCGAGGCCGGGGGCUCGUCAGUGACCAAGCCAUGACGCACAGGCACGGAAAAGGAUUUGCUAGUCACUUCUCCGGGACUGACCUGAAGCAGCGAGAUUUGCACAAAAAGUCAACCACCAAGAGCAUCAACUUUUGCAUCUGGUCCUCUCAGCCACCAAGAGAUCGCCGGGGGGAGACCCGGGGAGUCCCCGGGGGCCGGAGAACCGAUGAGCGUCCGACUGUAGACACUCCCAAGGCCCGCGAGUUGCCCUCCCUGAUCGGCCUGUGUCUGUUUACGGCUCCGGGACAUCUUCAUCGUUCCCUAACCCCACGGAGCCUGGACGACGCUUCUGGUCUCCCCCGCUCCACCGCCAAACGUCGUGGAGCCCAAGCGUCGGUUCUGGAGGAUGAGAUCGUCCUUUCCAACGUCGAGGAACCCAGAUAACGGUUCCGGGCGCACACGCCCCCCACCCACCCAGUGUCAUGGAGCCCGGCCAACAUUCCUGGUCCCCCCCACCCCCAAGACGUCGUGGAGCCCAGAGAACAGAAACAUGUGCAUUCCAAAUGCAAUAUCACUGUUUUCAACCUGACUGUUUUCUAUCAUUCUCUUUUGUUUUCUUUCCUUUCCUUUUCGGUGUGAUCGAGUGUUUUAUCACGACCGUCCCACUUCUCUGAGAAAGAUCGUGACGGCACCCUCGACCCCACGGCGGGGCGGGAGGGGGUCUAGAAACUGGCGGUAACUCUACAGACCCACGAGAGAUCAAAGACAUUCUGUAGUUUCUAUACCGUGUGGCAACGUGUUUACUGUACUAUUUCAAAGCUUCUAAAUAAAUAUAAAAUAUAUAUAUAUAUAUUCUAUUAUAUAUAAUUUUCUGGAAACGUGGUACCGAUUAGUUGGUUUUUAAAUGGAUUCAUUCAGUCCGCAUCGCAAACUGUCCGGCGGAGGGGAUUCAGUGCACCUGACCGAUCCUUAACUGGGAAAAAUAGUGAAUAUUUAAUAGUAUUUCCACAGUUUUCAUAUCGUAGUCAAUCCUGUUUCUCUGCCUCUCUUUCUCUCUUUCUCCCUUUUUUUUUUUUUUUUGUUUGAAAGAAAUGGUCCAGGAAACAAAAUUUUCUUCUAAAAGUUCAACUGAAGUUUCAAUACCAAAGAUCAGCAUCAAUUGUCCCCAGAAUGAACGGGUGAUAGGCUUUCGGAUAGCGAACCCUCUACAUUCUCUUGAUUCUUUUUCUACGGCUCUUAGAGUCAAGCAAAACUUUUAUAGAAGACCUAGACAUUUGCCUGUAUAUGUUGUUUUAAACACAAAAAGCCACUCGUAUCUGUACAUUUUGAAUAUGAGAUGUACCUGGAGAUAACUAUUUUGAGAAGACACUUCCAAAUGAUCUAACACUGAAGACCUUUCUUUGGUAUCAUCUUGUGCGCUUAAAAAGAAAAAACUAUUUGACUAUGGAAACUUAUUUUCUAAACCUCUACGCGCAAAGGUAGAGAGGUCUAUAAAUAUCUUUUCAUCCUUAUAAAGGACAAAUCAUAAGAAGUUAGUGAUCCCGGCUAUUUUUUGUUUUGUUUAGUUUUUAAUAAGGGAAACUUGGAAGUGAGGAACCUGGCACAUUAUGGAACAUUUCUGUAUUGUAUCUAUAUGAUAAUUUUAUAGUUUAAAUGUACUUAGAAAGAAGUAUGUUUUAUUAAUGGGAAAAUUCUUCAUAAAAACUUGCCUUGAAAAGUAAAGUCCAACCUUUACUUUGAUGUCAAAUGAGUAACUAUUAAAUCCGGUGAGAUUUAUUUCCUUGAUUUUACCUAUUUAAUUGUGUUUUUUAAAGACGGUUUCUUAACGUGUCGAAAUGCGUUUUAUAAAACCUCCGUGCUACUGGCAGAUGUGUGUAGAAAAGGCAUUUAACCGAGGCCGGGGUUGGGGUUGGGGGGGUUGUUCAGAGGUCACCGUCUCCCCGGGGAAAGGGACGGAAGGUGUCGAACCGAAACGGAGCCGUUGACUUGGGCCUGCUAACUUUUCCCGGUGGGGUUUCGGCGAUCCGUCUCGGAAAAGGUUUCCCUUUCCUCCUUCCGGAGCACCGGUCCUUGCUUCCCCCCAGCAACGGCGUCCGAUUGUCUUCCCCCGUGCGUCUUGAGCGUGGUCGCCUCACCCUAGACCCGCGUGUACACGCGUACACACACGGACGUCCACACGACGUCCAGCGUACCAUCCACCGGGCUCGUCUGCGGUUUGGAACUCGGAUGCGCUGGGCCUUUAACCGCAUAUUUUUAAACUGUUUUAUAAAGCCGCUGAAAUUUUCCCGGGACCCUUUGAAGUAUCUACUGGAGGUAAAACUGCCCCUUUGUCCAUUCCCUCCCCACCCAGCCCCACCCCGGGCCGAAAAAGAAAAAGCACAGUACUUAGCCGAUGACAGGCAGGCGUACAGCAGUGACAUAUUUCUUUAGCUUUAGAUAACGUGACUCCAGUCAUUCCGCUGUCUUGUCCGUUUCAUCGCAAAUGGACCCUCUUCGCAACGAGGCACGUUCGGUACAUUUCACUGGAGGAAAUCUGUCCUUUCAACAUUGCUUAUGAGGCAAUAAUGUGAGUUUUCCUUGUGAAGACUGUCUUCGCUUCUCCUAAUCUUGGGCCUUAGGAUCGUUGUCGUGGGGAGGGGGGAGAAUUUAAAUUUUUAUUAAUGGAUUUUUCUGUUUCAACAGGCCUUUCGUGCUCCAUGUAGUUUAGGGGAGGAAAAAAGUUGCCGAAAUGUUUUCAUUUUUGCACUUUGGUGUGUAGGAUCUGAUUCUUCCGCCUCAAUGGCUGCGUCUCGGGGAUUUCCGUUGUUGCAGUUAACUUAGGAACUGUCUUUGGGCCUGAAUUCUGCUGUCACUAUUCCCGAGUUGAAAAAGAUUCCAUCACAUUUAGGGUGGAUCGCGGCUCGAGCCAGCUCUCGCGGCUGGGAUGGAAUUCGGCCUUUGCCCGAAUCGGGGGUGAAGCAGUUGGCUGAAUCGCCUGUGAGCCAAGUCAGCUCACUUGAGCGGGAGGGGGGAAGACGGGGAAAAGGCACGGAGAACUCCGUCGAUCGAUCGUUAGGGGGUCCGAUCGAGGUUUCAAAACUUCAGUUCGAGGGCCCGAUAGACAUGUUGCCCGCUGAAUCCUUCUCCUUCCGUACGCUUCCUUCGUGAAUAGGUUGGGUACAAAAUCCAUUUCAGCUCAUCGAUCCCUCUGGGUGGUAUUCGUUGCGUGCUUCCCGUGUGCAGAACACCGUACUGGGCACUGAAAGUCUUCCAUUAAGAGAUCUCUGUGGAGGAAAAUACGGUAGUUCGCUCACCCGCCCCCUGCUAAGGGGUCUCGUCUUUGGAAGCAACCAAUUUUCCCGUGGAAAUGAUGUCUUAAAGUUUCCAAAGUAUAUCAGAUGACAGUUGCUUAAGAGUUCCGUCCACCUGUGAGGAUUCGAAUGUCGAUGCGGAGUUCGCGGUAAUCGGCGGGCGUUGUCCCUUAAACUCCGGGGGCCCGUGCCAAAUAUCCUUCAGAGACGAGUGGCAUAAAAGUAUCGCUCCUUUCCUGGGGAAGAGUGAGGAAACAAAUGGUUGCUAAAAGGGUGAAUUAAUUGGAUGCUCACUUUUGAUUCAGCAUCAAGGGAGGAAGAUGUUCAAUCAUUUAUUGAGCACUUCCUGUGUGCAAAGCGCUGUACUGAGCGCUCAACUAAACUGAGUGGUCUGGGAUAAGGCAAGUGAUGACGUCUAGCGAAACCUAAGAGUGGCAUGUUGAGAAUUCUGGAUGACUCUGUGCUGAGCGCUAUGUUCGUGGGGCCCCGCGGAAUUUAGAGGAGCCCUUUUUUAAAGGUAUUUACGGAGCACCGCGGCGUUGCGUUUAUAUGAGGUGCUAAGCACUUGGGAGAAAACAGCAGCCGUCAGACUCCUCAUGCGCUCUUGCAUUCUUAGGACGGGCUCGUUGGGAGUGCGCUGCUUUCAACACCGUUUGAUCCGUCAUUUCGUCGUCCCGUGCCGCAAGUUACGGUCUGUGCAUUAGAACUCCAACUGCAGCCGGAUCCCUGGGUACGUAAAACGGUCCGAAGGAGGAAUGGCUCUUUAGAAGGUGGUUACUUUUCACAGCCGGAUAGUCUUCCCACUAGCAGUCGUGGCACCGGUGAACGUUUUGCAUUUCAUGUCUGGGAUUUGGGUUUGUUGGGCAGCUUUCCACAAGGAAACACCGAAAAGGGGAAUACACAAAUCCCCAACUCAGUGGGGCUUUGAGACCUCUUUUUCCCUCACGGGUUCCGAUUUGAGCUGCAGCCCUGCUUAUUGAUAGAACAGUUGAGAGGGAUUCCAUCCCCAAACUAGGCAAAGGUUUGAAACCCCAGGAUUUGGGGAGGCCGCGGGGUGAGGGAAUUGGCAGUGCCUUGGGAAAAAAAGAAAAAACAACUAGAAAUCGAACCCUUCGCGGGUGCGCGGGUGACUUUUCAAUCACCUGUUAUUUUCGCAAAAUAUCUGUCAGCCUUCGGCCUACGACCUUAAUUCAUCAGGUUUGAGGUAUCCGAGGCCAGAGUAUUUUGUGGUAAGAGGCGUAUCACUUUGCUCCCCGUCUUCCGUAUGUGACUCGUAGAUUUCUGAACAGAUAGAACUCAAAGUUGCCCCGCGAUCGGACCGUCCCGUCUUUGAGUUAAAAAAAACAAAAAAACAAAAAACAGGAACAGGGAAAGUUCUGGCUCCGUAAACGUUGUCGAGACAGGUGUCUGAGGGUGCAAACAGGGUAUUCUGAUGAGCGACAAGUUUCAAUCUUAACUGUGGUGUUUGUUAUACUGUGAAUGCUAUUAUACAUGAGUAAAACGAUCAUGAGUGUAAAUGUGAUAUAUUAUUUUAUACUGCUGUAUACAUAUGUAAUAAAUAAAACUCAGAGACGUAUUA